ACCACAAAUUAGGGUUUUGUGAACUACCUCCCUUCAUAAGUGCGCGGCGACUCCAUUAGUUUCUUCAGUUUGGUGUGGUAGGGUUUGGAGCACUAGCUUGUUCGGAACACCAAAAUGGCUAGGGGAUUGAAGAAACAUUUGAAGAGGCUCAAUGCUCCUAAGCAUUGGAUGCUUGACAAACUGGGUGGUGCAUUUGCUCCUAAGCCCUCAUCAGGACCUCACAAGUCCAGGGAGUGCCUUCCUCUUAUACUCAUCCUGCGAAACCGGCUGAAGUACGCUCUGACUUACCGUGAAGUCAUUGCUAUUCUGAUGCAGCGUCAUGUUCUUGUUGAUGGCAAAGUUAGGACAGACAAGACCUACCCUUCUGGUUUUAUGGAUGUUGUAUCAAUCCCCAAGACAAAUGAGAACUUUCGUCUGCUCUAUGACACUAAGGGCCGAUUCCGUCUCCAUUCAGUCAGGGAUGAUGAGGCGAAGUUCAAGCUCUGCAAGGUUAGGUCAGUGCAGUUUGGCCAGAAGGGUAUCCCAUAUCUGAAUACCUAUGAUGGUCGUACCAUCCGUUACCCAGACCCCGUCAUCAGGGCCAAUGAUACCAUUAAGCUAGAUCUGGAGGAAAACAAGAUUGUUGAUUUUAUCAAAUUUGAUGUUGGGAAUGUAGUUAUGGUGACAGGUGGAAGAAACAGGGGGCGUGUUGGAGUGAUCAAGAGCAGGGAGAAACAUAAGGGAAGCUUUGAGACAAUCCACUUGCAGGAUGCCACUGGCCAUGAAUUCACAACCCGUAUGGGCAAUGUGUUCACCAUUGGCAAGGGAACUAAACCAUGGGUAUCACUGCCCAAGGGUAAGGGUAUUAAGCUAUCAAUCAUUGAGGAAGCUCGGAAAAGGAUUGCUGCCCAGCAAGCCACUGCUGCAUAAACCCCUUUCGGAUGAAUAGACUUGAGUGCUUUGGUAGUUUUAUUUAAUGUUUUUGGUUUCUAAGUUCUUUUGUCUGAGAUAUUUUAUCCGUUGAAUUUUGACUCAUGCACUAUACAACUUUAUUGUGGCUGCUAUAUUCAUGAAGUAAUUUUUCCAUUUCGUAGUUUUGA